AUGGAUAUACUUCUGGAUAAGUUUACACUCAACAAAGACCUGGGUAAAUCUAGUUUGGAAAUGAGUCGUUUUGCUCUACGGAACCAAUUACCGUAUAAUAUAAUCGACGUGGGAUCACUGAAUUGUUUCAAGCGUAGCAAUAAGGACACAGAGGGCAACAAUAAGGACACAGAGGGCAGCAAUAAGGACACAGAGGGCAGCAAUAAGGACACAGAGGGCAGCAAUAAGGACACAGAGGGCAGCAAUAAGGACACAGAGGGCAACAAUAAGGACACAGAGGGCAGCAAUAAGGACACAGAGGGCAGCAAUAAGGACACAGAGGGCAGCAAUAAGGACACAGAGGGCAGCAAUAAGGACACAGAGGGCAACAAUAAGGACACAGAGGGCAGCAAUAAGGACACAGAGGGCAGCAAUAAGGACACAGAGGGCAGCAAUAAGGACACAGAGGGCAGCAAUAAGGACACAGAGGGCAGCAAUAAGGACACAGAGGGCAGCAAUAAAGGUCGGCUGCCUCUUGGACGAGCAGUCCUCUUGGACGAGUGGUCCUCUUGGACGAGCGGUCCUCUUGGACGAGCGGUCCUCUUGGACGAGCAGUCCUCUUGGACGAGCAGUCCCCUUGGACGAGCGGUCCUCUUGGACGAGCGGUCCUCUUGGACGAGCAGUCCCCUUGGACGAGCGGUCCUCUUGGACGAGCGGUCCUCUUGGACGAGCGGUCCCCUUGGACGAGCGGUCCUCUUGGACGAGCGGUCCUCUUGGACGAGCAGUCCCCUUGGACGAGCGGUCCUCUUGGACGAGCGGUCCUCUUGGACGAGCAGUCCCCUUGGACGAGCGGUCCUCUUGGACGAGCGGUCCUCUUGGACGAGCAGUCCCCUUGGACGAGCGGUUCUCUUGGACGAGCAGUCCUCUUGGACAAACGGUCCUCUUGGACGAGCAGUCCCCUUCGACGAGCAGUCCUCUUGGACGAGCGGUCCUCUUGGACGAGCAGUCCCCUUGGACGAGCAGUCCUCUUGGACGAGCAGUCCUCUUGGACGAGCAGUCCCCUUGGACGAGCAGUCCUCUUGGACGAGCGGUCCUCUUGGACGAGCAGUCCCCUUCGACGAGCAGUCCCCUUCGACGAGCAGUCCUCUUGGACGAGCGGUCCUCUUGGACGAGCAGUCCCCUUGGACGAGCAGUCCCCUUGGACGAGCAGUCCUCUUGGACGAGCGGUCCUCUUGGACGAGCAGUCCCCUUGGACGAGCAGUCCUCUUGGACGAGCGGUCCUCUUGGACGAGCAGUCCCCUUCGACGAGCAGUCCCCUUGGACGAGCAGUCCUCUUGGACGAGCAGUCCCCUUGGACGAGCAGUCCUCUUGGACGAGCAGUCCUCUUGGACGAGCACUAAGGAUUCAUGGGAUCCUUAG